AUGCUGCGAGAUUCAUUGGAUUGGUGGAAGUAUGGUCGAUACUUGAGCGAGGCAGAAGCCUCGUCGAUCUUUGAUGCUGGCAAACACUUUUUGCAACUGUACCUGAAGAAUACCAAGUUGUCACUGAGGAACAAUCUGCAGGAAUGGACUAUGCGUCCAAAGUUUCAUGGGCUUUAUCACCUGAUACACUUUACAAGAAGCCGACGUGUCAACUGCAGAUUUCACCACGGCUUUGUAGAUGAGGAUUCGAUGUCGUGGCUGAAGCGAACCUAUUUGAAAGCACAUCCAAGCCAUCGGUACUCCUGGAUUAUGAAAUGUGGCAGGCUGAGGAUCAUAUCGACUCGUCUCAAAAUUAAGAAGUUCAAUGCAGUGGCCAAGCGAAGGUUGAGACACAACCGCGCGUAA